CCAUAUUUCUAUUGAGUAUAGUCAAUAAGUGUAAGAAUAACAACUCCCUUUGGCAUUUACUUGACGAAGAGUCUCAAAGUUUGCUAUUAAGAUGUAUGCAUGUUGUGAAACCUGGCAUGAGGCUGGUAUGCCGACUCUACUGGCACAAAGAAGGCUGGUACAAGAAGGAAAAACUCAAAUUUAUACUUGCUGGAAAUGAGGAAAUUGAUGAUCCUACCUUGCAUGAGGUGCUCCAGUCUUUGGAAGAAAAUGGCUUUCUGACUUCAGAUGGCAACAGUCUGUCCUUUGAAGACUACACUUCUUUGCUGAAUGGUGAUGAGUUGAAACAAAUCUGUAAAGAACUCAAAAUCAAAAUAAGUUCUAAACAGGGUGCCAUUGCAUCGCUGAAGAGUUACAGUAGAGAGAAAAGUAUUGUUACUUUUUUUAACACAAACAAAACUAACAACAAUACUUCAAGAGUAUUGAGAAUCAUGAGCUCAAAGGCUGGUCCUUGCUAUAAACUAUCAGAUGUAGCAAGAAGAACAAUAUACAAGUUGUAUAUUCUGAUGUAUCUUGGAAUUAAUUAUAACAUAAUAAGGGAAAAGAAUUUAGAGUUAACACUUCUGUAUGACAAAAUAAACAGAGAGACAUAUCCAGUGGAGGACGACAUGCUUGAUGACGCAAGUGUUGUAUUUAGAGAGAGAGCUGAGUUUGAAAGUUAUGUAAAGGCCUUUGAUGUUUAUGAGGCAUUCCUGAUUGAAGAUGUUUUAGACAAAAAAGUCAAAACUGCAACAGAAUCUCUUGAAGUAUACAAAGGAACAAGUGAAAUUGAAGUACAACGCCAAAAGUCUAUUCCAGAGUGGUUGAGACGUUAUACACCUUUAAAUUUGUAUAUCAAAAUUCUUGAAGCUGGCAUCCAAGAUCUCAAAAAAAACAAGAAAUAUCAGUCAGCUCUUGAAAUACUGCAGUUGCUGAUAUCACAGGACUCAUUCAGACAACACAAGAAAGCAGAAUGGUAUGCUGAGAUGGCUUUGGUUUUGCAAAAAUGUGACCAAAAAGAAGAAGCGGCUGAAAUAUUAUUAGAAGGAUUCAGAUCUAACCUAUCAGAAGAAGCCAAAGAUGUGAUGCGACCCCGCGCUAAACUAGUCGCAAAGCACACAGCAAACCAAGAAAUGAAGAGCGAACUUCUAGACUAUGCUAGUAAAGAACAAAUAUUGGAGAAAAACUUGCGCGGCGUUCAUAUUUACAAGCAGCCAAUGGAUCGAACACAGCAGAAAGGCAAACUAAAGUUUGAGACGCGGCAGUCUGGCGAGAGAACCGUUCACGAUGUGGAAGAGUACUGCCUGUCAGAAUAUUUAAAUAAAGGCGAAUUCACAAAUGGUAUGCACUGGGAAGGCAGGAUUAUAACGACGAUGUUCUUCCUAUUAUUCUGGGAUAUUAUAUACUGGAAGCCUCCCGGUUGCGUAGGCGUGUUCCUGACUCGCUUCCAGAAAUUGCCGCUGGAUUUGUUUUGCGAAAGCUUCUAUAAGAACAGGAGCGAGUCGAUAGAGGCGCGGCUGUCGUUGAUAGAGCGCUCCUCGGUCGAAGAGUUGCUGUGGAUUAUGCAGUCGAAGUGGUGUACUAGACCUGAAACUGAGCACUCGGGCCUCAGCCGCGACAGCAUGUCGUGGGAGCAAGUGUGCGGCGUGGUCACGUGCCUCGGCGGCGGCGCGCUGGCGGCGUUAUGCCGGCGACUCGCGCGCGACUACCGACACGCGCAUUCGGGAUUCCCCGACCUUACGCUGUGGAACACUAGGACUAACCAGAUAAGGUUCGUCGAGGUGAAAAGCGACACAGACCGGCCAUCGAUGAAGCAAAUCCAGUGGAUGCACUAUCUCCAACAAAACGGCAUCGACACAGAAUUCUGUUACGUAGGCGUUCACACCACCAGGUGUAAAGCUAGGUCCAUCUCUUGAUAUAUUAUAGUGAUUAUUAUUAUACGUAACAAGAUGUUGUUGUUUAGUACAAGUGUUCAGUCAAAUCAUUUGAGGUGUUAUAAAACGAUAAUAAACUCAAGUUUCAAGCCUGUAUUACUAAUUUUAGUAUUUAGACCAGUAGCCGUUUAGAAUCUAUUUUAGUUGCUGAUAGAUAUUUGACUGUCGUUGUUUUUAAAGUGCCAAAGUAUAUUUGUUGGAUCUUAAAAUUCCAAAUUGUAUGUUACUAAAGUUUAGUUUAUCCUAUUUUGAUGUAGUCAUUACGUUUAAUUCAGAUCAUGAACUUUGUGAUUCCUAUAUAUGUCGGCUAUAUGUAUUAGUCAUAAGCCACAUUAAGCUGUGCAUUUUUUUGGUGAAAUAAUAUGUUAUGUACGUACAUAAUUAAGAUUGAUUUUAAAUCAAUUUUAAAGUAACUAACAUAAUUUAAAUGUUUGAGUGUAUUGCAGCAAAAAUAGCCUUACUAAUAAUUAAGUCGUUAUAAUAAGUCUUACUUGACAAAACUGGGUGCUAUUUGUAGA